CACUUCCGAACACCGACCAAAAAGAAAGCAGAAAGACAAAUUAUUGAUGAUGAGCGACAUAAACACGCAGUCUUGAGUGAGGUGUUAUUAAACACGGAUGCACUGAAGAAGCGUUCGAUUUGAUUCGGUAUAGCGCAGCCACGUAGUCGAUCAUUCAGUCUCGCAAAAACAGUCCAAAAACAAUGCUUUCUGUAACUUGCAUUGCUCCUGUUAAUAUAGCCGUUAUAAAGUACUGGGGAAAGCGCGAUGAAGACCUCAUUUUACCGCUGAAUGACUCCGUUAGUGCGACGCUAUCCACUGAUCACCUCUGUACGAAAACGACCAUCAGCACGUGUCAAAGCUUUACCGAAAAUAAAAUCGUUCUGAAUGGAAAGGAAGAAUCGUUUGACAAUCCUCGACUGCUGCGAUGCCUCAUAGAAAUUAAGAAGAGAGCAAGGGAAGCGAACAAGUGCAAACCAGAACUGCUGGACUGGAAAGUACACGUGACGACUGAGAAUAAUUUCCCUACUGCCGCUGGUUUGGCAUCCAGUGCUUCAGGAUAUGCUUGCUUAGUUUACACCCUGGCCUGUCUUUAUGGCAUUGAGAACGAGCAGAUCAGCUCGAUCGCCCGCCAGGGAAGCGGUUCGGCAUGCCGUAGUCUGUAUUCCGGAUUCGUCCAGUGGCAGAAGGGCGAUCGCCCGGACGGUACUGAUUCGGUUGCCGUUCAGCUGGCGUCACAUGACUUUUGGCCGGAAAUGCGAAUCAUCAUACUGGUGGUGAACGAUGCACGUAAGAAGACCAGCUCCACCGGUGGAAUGUCGACCAGUGUCAAAACAUCGAAGCUUUUGAAGUAUCGUGCGGAGAAAUGCGUUCCAGAGCAUACCAAAAACUUGAUAGAGGCUUUACACAAAAAGGACUUUGAAACAUUCGGCAGAAUCACUAUGCAGGAGAGCAAUCAGUUCCAUGCUGUCUGUUUGGACACCUACCCACCAUGCGUUUACAUGAACGAUAUUUCAUUCGCGGUCGUCAAUAUGGUGCACCAGUUCAACGCUCUGAAGAAGGAAAUCCGAGUGGCCUAUACCUUCGAUGCCGGUCCAAACGCGUGCCUUUACCUGCUGGAAAAAGACGUUCAGGAAGUACUGGGAGUGGUAAAUCAAGUUUUUCCGAAUGACAAACUUGGAGAUCCGGAAUAUAUCAAGGGGAUAGCGGUGGACUAUUCUGCGCUGCCAAAAGCCGACGAACAAUUUACUGCCAGUGGAAACAACCUUCUGAAGUACAUCAUUAAUACUAAAGUCGGAGAGGGGCCCAAAAGAAUUAAUUGAACGCUAAGACUACUUAUUAAAUAACAAUUAGAACAAACUCACGUGGUGAUGGAUCGCAGGCUUUCUUUCGAAUGACACAGUUUCAAGUUGCAAUAAAUAGAAGUAUUAAAAUUUACCUUCCGUUCAUCGUA